AACAGUUCACCGAGUCAUUAUCGGGCAUCAACAAUCAAUGUCCCCCGCCGACCUUAACCCAGCAUAAUGCCGUAAAAGUAAACAUUUCGAACACCUCAACAAAACUACAACCUCCCCGAAAAAGAAAAAACUCUCCUCGCAGCGGUGGCUCUCGGCGGCGUAAUUGGUGCUUAGCGGCGGUGGAACAGGUGAAUGGCAAGAAGCAACAAAUAUACCUCCCUCAACUUUAAUGACAUAUACGAUAAAAAGCUGAAUAAUAGCACCAAUAAUCGAAUCAGCAACAACAAUUCUUCAGCUAAAUCGUUCUCUUCUUCGGGUGCUUCUUUUGCGAAUCCGAGCAAAACCAUUAUAUCAAACUCGCGAAUCCAUGGCCACAUGCUUGUUUUGAGCCGGCCCAGUCCGAAACCCAUUUCGAUUCCGGUGAAGCAAUCAAUCGAGCAGCAAGAAAACAAGGAAAAGUGUUCUGUUAUUUGUUCUCUGACGCCACCGGAUCAAGCAAGGUCGGAUCUUGAACCGGAUUUAAUUUCGCUUCGUCCACAGGGACGAACUGGGUCAACUCCGGCGAUUCCUUCGUCUCCUUUGCCGUCUCCCGAAUCUCCGUUAGUGUCUCCGGCGAAGACUAACCGUUUCGUGCCUCCGCAUCUCAGGCCGGGAUUUGUGGGUAAGCAGGAGAAGCCUGGGCUUGAGAUUGUCAACGGUGUACCGCCUGGGGGUUUCAAGGGUAGGCAGGAUCUUGGUGGACAUCGUCCGGGACAGGUUCAGGAUCCAGGGCAUUACGGAUCGUCUCUUAACCGUUUUGGCGAAGACGGGAGGCCGAAAUCUGGAGGUGGGUAUGAGCGGAUGAGGAGAGGUGGUGAACCAGCAGAUCUGAACAGGCCCGGUUCAAGUGGGAAUGCAUUUUACUAAGCAGAGCUCCUUUUGGUAGAUGGUGUUUAGAAUUCUCGAUGCACAGUUUGAUUCUUACCAUGAACAGCAAUGAUAGUUAGCACUGCUAUUGUCAUUUGUUUCAGAAUGCUCCGUGGAUCUUCUGGCCGUGGUAGAUGGAUUAUAACCAGUUAGCUUUUUAGUUAUUUCGAGGUGAGAGGUUUGAGGCCUGAGUUACAUCUGAUGUCUUUCCUUUCGUUUUUCAAUUUGUAAAUCUGCAUUAUAAAGAAAGAUGGUGACUAUGGAAUGUAGAAUUUGCUUCUAUGGCUUUUUGUACUACUGUUUUUCAUAUGAAAAUAUCCUAAAGGCGGGUGAUUUGAUGGUAACCAGUCUCCCGAUUUGUACUGAAACAACAUUGUAUUUUUGUGUAGGAUGUGAACUUGAGGUUCGUUUUGUGUCACAGAAGAUGUUUUUCAUUUGAAGAAUAUUUGUCCCCAACUUUGAUAUGGCAUGCCCUUAAUGUUAUCGUGUGCUGUAA